AUGUCUGUGUCCCCUCACUGGAGGAUUGCCUCUGGCCUUCUGGUAAACUUGCUGUCCUCCAUCUGCAUUGUCUUCAUCAACAAGUGGAUCUAUGUUCACCAUGGCUUCCCUAACAUGAGCCUGACCCUGGUGCACUUUGUGGUCACCUGGCUGGGACUGUUCCUGUGCCAGAGAUUGGGGGUGUUCUGCCCCAAGUCUCUCCCUACUUCCAAGGUCUUACUAUUGGCUCUCAGCUUCUGUGGCUUUGUGGUCUUCACUAACCUGUCUCUACAGAACAACACCAUAGGGACCUACCAGCUGGCCAAAGUCAUGACUACCCCCAUGAUCAUCCUCAUCCAAACCCUCUGGUACGGGAAGACCUUCUCGCUCAGGAUCAAGCUUACUUUGAUACCUAUAACAUUGGGAGUGUUUCUGAACUCCUACUACGAUGUGAAGUUCAAUGCUCUAGGGAUGGUGUUUGCUGCCCUUGGUGUCUUUGUAACAUCCCUUUACCAAGUGUGGGUUGGAGCCAAGCAGCACGAGUUACAGGUCAACUCUAUGCAGUUGCUGUACUACCAAGCACCUUUGUCCUCAGCUAUGAUGUUGGCUGUUGUGCCCUUCUUUGAACCAGUAAUUGGAGAAGGGGGGAUAUUUGGACCAUGGUCACCUACAGCUGUGAUAAUGGUGCUUUUCUCUGGUAUUAUUGCUUUCACUGUAAACCUGUCUAUCUAUUGGAUAAUUGGGAAUACUUCACCAGUUACCUACAACAUGUUUGGACACUUUAAAUUCUGUAUUACUCUUUUGGGAGGAUACAUCCUAUUCCAGGACCCGCUCUCUCUUAAUCAAGGAUUUGGAAUAUUAUGCACUUUGCUUGGUAUUUUAGCUUACACUCACUUCAAACUUAAUGAACAGGAAGUGAAUAAAAGUAAACUGGUCCAGAGGCCAUGA